AUGGCGAUCCAGUGCCGAUCGUGUUUUGAGAACCUCUCAUUCUGCUUGCGGGAGUCGGCCAACUUGCAACAUCAUCUCUCUACCGUCGAUGAUUCACAGGGGCGCUUCUCUGUUUGGGCGAACAACAUAGGGGCACUCAAAGACCCUAUAUACACGAGCUCCUUGGACUGCCGUCUGCGCGACGGGAUGCAGAUGCGCAAGAGUGUCAAGCAGGCCAUGAUGGACAUCAAGGAAUCCGCGGAACAGGCAACGAAUAUAGCAGCUGGUAUACUUCUCAACCGCACCAAUAAGACCCAUGAAGUGUUCAUGGAUACUUUUAAGGACUACUCAUCCCUGGGAACCUUUCAAGUUGAUCCGCUUCUAUCCAGCCCCCAAUCCCCAGUUGAUGAACCGGUUACAACAGAACUUGAUGAACUUCUGUCCAGGGGACUACCCAUGGAGACAGGAGCCCCGGGAGUAGACCCGUCCAUGGAUAUUCGACACGUCAAGGACAAGUUUCCCAAAGUAAAGGAGGCCGAAUGGCUAGCCGAGCGUCUUGGGGCCGCUAUAGCUAAACGAAGAGCCUUUAUCUGCUAUCGACAGCUCCACCACCAGCGUUUGGCAGAGCAAAGUCAAGACUUGGCAGAGGACGGCAGGGCUAGAUCCGGAAGAGCACCAUCCACGAUCGCUACUACAUAUGACGAAGGCUCUAUAGAUAUAGAGCAGCAGGCUGCCAGGCUUUCCAGACUCAGCAUCAUCACCGGAGCCACCUCCUUUGCAACAGCAUUUGGGGAGGACGAGAAUGGCGAUCUUCGUAUACCAGAUCUAACACGGUUGAAAUUUCACGGCACCCAACUUGAGUAUGACAGAAUCUUUGAAUGCCCCUUCUGUCGGACUACACAAAUAAUCUUAUCUGAACGCCAGUGGAGGAGGCACGUCUUUACCGAUCUUCAGCCCUACAUCUGUACCUCUGAAGACUGCUCUUCGGGCUCCUUCUCCAGCAGACAUGAGUGGUUCAGCCAUGAAAUCGAGUCUCAUAGGAAACAGUGGUACUGUUCAAAGUGCCACAGCGGUAAAUUCACUUCUGCGCCCAGCCUUCGUGAUCACUUCGACUCGGUCCAUCCAGGAUCUUUCACCAACACUCAGUGGCCCUUGAUACUAAAAACCUGCGAGCGGCCACUGAGAAAGUUUGGGUCUUCCUCGUGCCCUCUCUGUUUCUCUUGGGAUCCGCCAGAGGGCAAAGCGUAUAACGCCGAAGAGUUUUGCCGUCAUCUCGGGUCUCAUCUUCAGCAGCUCGCUCUGACAGCCUUGCCAAUCACAAUAGAAGGCUUAGUCGUUCUCGAAGAUGAGGACAAGGAUACAAUAUCGAACGCUUCAGACAGUGAUGGGGAUGCAGAAGAAACCUAUGAUUCUGAUGUGCCAGGCCCAUCUUCAGGACCACAUAUACUUGGGGCUAGGGUCCCCCAGGUGGUGAGGGACGAGGAAACCAACACAUUCGAGUUCAUAGUGAAAACUCAUUUCAAAUACGAGGAAUUCUGGCGGUUGAGGAGAAGAUACGAGGACUUCUACGACCUCCACGUCAGCCUCCUGGCAAAGUUUCCUCAAGAGGCGGGCAAGUUGGGGGACAAGCGGACUCUCCCAUACCUGCCUGGUCGUGUCAACUAUGUCACCAUGUCCAUCUCCGAAGGCCGCCGGGCCAAUCUGGAUGCAUACCUUUGUCAAUUAAUUGACCAGCCGGCUCACAUUUCUCGCUCAACUCUUGUAGGGAACUUCUUUAAACCACGGGUGGCGGACAUCAGAUUAGAUGCAGAGCAUUACUUCGAAUGA